GUGUGUGCCAAGUGUAACUUCGUGAUUGGAGGAAACACUUGUAUUUAAACACGUAGCCUAUAGCAAUAAACGCCAUUUGCCUCACUUACUCCUGGGGUCUGGGUGAGCAUCUGGCCCCGACCUGGUAAAGGGUCGGUUUCGCCCAGCAGUAAGCCCUACAUGUGGACAGAGGACGAACACCGGACGAGCGAACGGAGACUACAUGCAACAAGUGGUGACCCCGACGUGAUCUGUCUGCUGAGGGUGGCUGCCCGGCGUGCCCGUGACGCGGAGAAGAGCCUAUGAGGUGGCGGCAGGUCGCGCACGGAAGACGUAUUGCGGUUAAGAGCCUGCGAGGUGGCGGCAGGUCGCAUACGUAACAAUGGACCAAGUCAUUAAGGUACUUGUGCAGUUUUGUAAGGACUACUGUGGAAAAUCUACUCCUUCCCGGAAGGAGAUCGCGACAGUUUUGUCGCUAUUAAAUGAGCUGGGGGAGCUGGAGUCUCCCCGCCACGUUUUGGAUUCGAGUAGGUGGGACUUGCUCACCUCGGCGCUAUGCCAGCGCGCCAUGGCCAGUCAGAAGGCUACGGAACUUAAAACGUGGGGACUGAUGUUAGGAGCCCUUAAGGCGGCCAGGGAAGAGGACAAACUUGGGGCGGUCAUGAGCGGGGAGGGAGCUUCGGGGAGCGGGUCUUUGGAGUUUUGCAGGUCCGGCGCUCAGACCGGCGCUCAGACGACAGCGAAUAAAACGGCGACGGAGAGAGAGGAAGAUUGCGAGAAGGACAAAGAAGAGUCGCAGAGGCUCGGGGGGGGUGCAACGGCACCGACGGCCCCUCCUAAUUCUAUUGCGCUGUCGCUGCCCCCUCCCUACCCUAAGCAGCCGUUAUAUCCUUCCUUGGCAACGACAUCGGAGCAGGGGGCGGGACCAUCCCCAAAAGGAAAGGAGGAGGGGAGACUUAAGCUUACUGAUUGGGGGCAGAUCAAAGAGGAAGUGGCACAGAAAGGCCUGGCGGCAACUUAUACACUCCCAGUUGUUGUCUCGGAGGAGGGAGGCCCAAUCUGGGUCCCGUUGGACCCAAAGGGGGUAGCAAGGAUGAUUGAGGCAGUAGAAAAGAAAGGGCUGAAGUCGCCAUUGACGAUGAAUGCCCUUGAGGCCCUCACAGCAUCGGGCCCAAUGCUGCCUUAUGAUAUUGAAAAUUUAAUGCGCAUGGUGUUGAAACCAGUGCAGUAUACGCUCUGGAGAGAGGAGUGGCAUACCAAAUUAAAACAAAUGCUGAUUACGGCACAGGGUGAUCAAAGAAACCCCAUAUAUGGGUCCGAUAUACAGAGAUUAACGGGCAAUGCACCAGGUCUGCUGACCCCUCAAGCACAAGUUUGUCAACUUAGACCAGGAGAGUUGAUAGCGACUACGGACGCUGCAAUAGACGCGUUCCGAAAGCUUGCAAGGAGUGCUGAGCCCACUACUCCGUGGACAGAGAUCGCGCAAGGCCCCACAGAGCCGUUUCAGGAGUUUGCAGACAGACUAAUUAAGGCAGUGGAAGGCUCGGAUCUGCCCAGAGCAGUUCAUGGUCCCGUCAUCCUGGAUUGCUUGUAUCAGAAGUCCAGUGAAGGGGUGCAGGGGAUUUUGCGAGCGGCGCCGGGGAGGCUCCAAACCCCUGGUGAGGCCAUCAAGUAUGUCCUAGAUAAGCAAAAGGCCUGCCCGUCUGUGGCAGGGGAGGUAGCUGCGGCGGUAGCAGGAGUGAUGAUGGCCUGUAGGGAGGCGGACCAUCGUAGUGCGGACCGACAGUUAGGACCUUGCUUUAAAUGUGGUCAAGCGGGCCACAUUAGGGCCCAGUGCAGAAUGGGUACAGGUGGAUGCGUAACAUGUCAGCAGUGCGGGCGGAAGGGUCAUGCAGCACCGCAAUGCAGGGCCCGUAGGCCUCCACGCCAGGGAAAUAACAACGGGAGACAGUCCGAGCACGGUGACUUCAUUUUUCGACCUAUGCAGGCCCCUGACCUAAGUUUACCCAUGGCGGCGCUGUCUCUAAAUACCCAUGAGCGCCCUCUGGUGAAAGCCACUAUUUCUUGCACCAACCUCCCGCCGGAUUUUCAAGGCCCUCGAUCUAUCUUUGUCACUGCCCUCAUAGAUUCCGGCGCCGACGUUACUGUAGUCGCGGAAACAGAAUGGCCAUCCUCGUGGCCCGCGGAGGCCUCGCAGUCUAUUAUGGGGGUUGGAGGGGCGACCCCCUCACGCCGGUCUACCAAUGAGGUACAAGCGGUUGUGAUUAACAGGGAUGGCUCCUUAGAGAAACCGGCGUUGCUUACACCAUUGGUGGCGCGUGUCCCCGGAACUCUUCUGGGGCGGGAUUUCUUGCGACAGAUAGGCGCUCGCAUUACAAAUACAGCCAGCCAAACAGCAUGCUUGAUACAGGCUCUAAAUACAACCCUCCCUUGGGACCCCCAAGAAUUGGAUAUUUUAGGGUCCCAGAUGAUCAAGAACGGAACAACACGUACGUGUGUUACCUUUGGUUCGGUGUGCUAUAAAGAGAACAAUCGCAGUAGAGUCUGUCACAAUUUUGAUGGGAAUUUUAAUGGGACUGGUGGGGCGGAAGCAGAAUUGCGUGACUUCAUAGCAAAAUGGAAAAGUGAUGACCUUCUUAUAAGACCCUAUGUCAACCAAUCAUGGACGAUGGUAAGUCCAAUAAACGUAGAGAGUUUUUCAAUAAGUCGUAGAUAUUGUGGAUUCACCAGUAACGAGACUCGUUACUAUAGAGGGGACCUUUCUAAUUGGUGUGGUUCAAAAAGGGGAAAAUGGUCAGCAGGGUACAGCAACGGGACAAAAUGUUCCAGCAACACGACGGGUUGCGGUGGUAAUUGCACGACGGAAUGGAAUUAUUAUGCAUAUGGGUUUACCUUCAGGAAACAGCCAGAGGUGUUGUGGAACAAUGGGACUGCUAAGGCACUCCCUCCAGGUAUUUUCUUGAUUUGUGGGGACAGGGCUUGGCAAGGCAUCCCGCGUAAUGCCUUGGGAGGGCCCUGUUAUCUAGGACAAUUGACUAUGCUCUCUCCUAACUUUACCACCUGGAUAGCAUAUGGGCCGAACAUUACAGGUCACCGCCGUAGCAGGCGCUCGCUGAGUCGUCUCUCGCCUGACUGCGGUGAUGAGCUACAGCUAUGGAGUGUGACAGCCCGGAUAUUUGCUUCUUUCUUUGCUCCUGGUAUAGCCGCAGCACAGGCCUUAAAGGAGAUCGAACGAUUGGCAUGUUGGUCGGUUAAGCAAGCAAAUUUAACAUCAUUAAUAUUGAAUGCGAUGCUGGAGGACACGAGCAGCAUCCGGCACGCAGUGUUGCAGAAUCGAGCAGCCAUCGAUUUCUUACUCCUGGCGCAGGGACACGGGUGUCAAGACGUGGAAGGGAUGUGUUGCUUCAAUCUCAGCGAUCACAGUGAGUCCAUUCACAAGGCGCUCCAAGCCAUGAAGGAACAUACAGAGAAGAUACGGGUGGAAGAUGAUCCCAUAGGGGACUGGUUUACGCGCACGUUUGGUGAUCUAGGAAGGUGGCUCGCGAAAGGUGUUAAGACGCUACUGUUUGCCUUGCUUGUCAUAGCCUGUCUAUUAGCUAUCAUUCCAUGUAUAAUCAAGUGCUUUCAGGAUUGUCUAUCGAGAACAAUGAAUCAGUUUAUGGAUGAACGCAUAAAAUAUCAUAGAAUUAGGGAGCAGCUGUAGGUUCCGAACGCGAUGUGACGGGAGCUAUCGGCAUAGGGAGGGGGAGAUGUUGUAUGCGUAGCGAGGGAAACGAGGUGUGUUGUAGGCGUAGCGAGGGAAACGAGGUGUGACGCGUGCAGGUUCCUAUGCCACCUGUGUGUUAUGCCACCUGUGUGUGCCAAGUGUAACUUCGUGAUUGGAGGAAACACUUGUAUUUAAACACGUAGCCUAUAGCAAUAAACGCCAUUUGCCUCACUUA